AUGGGCUCAGGCCCCAUCGACCCCAAGGAGCUCCUGAAGGGCUUGGACUGUUUCCUGGGCCGGGAUGGGGAGGUUAAAAGUAUGGAUGGAAUCACCAAAAUCUUCAACUUAAUGAAGGACUCCCAGAAGCUGGUGAGUCGUUGCAUCUACCUGAACAUCCUCCUGCAGACACGAGCUCAGGACAUCCUGGUCAAGUUCAUCAGGAUUGGGGGUUACAAGCUGCUCAACACUUGGCUCACCACCUCCAAGGCCUCCAACAAUGUCCCCUUCCUGCAGCAGAUCCUGCUCACCCUGCAGCACCUGCCCCUCACUGUCGACCACCUCAAGCAGGUCGGGGUGGCUUCUGUCCCCUCCCUGGUGGCUUCUGCUUUUGUCCCCUCCCUGGUGGCUUUUGUCCCCUCCCUGGUGGCUUUUGUCCCCUCCCUGGUGGCUUCUCCCUCCUUUUUAUCCCCCCCAGAACGAGACAGAAAGAGAAGAAAAGAAGAAAACAAACCCAAAACCCCCAUCCCUGAGAAACCCCAAGAGGCCAAAACUGAGGCCAAAACUGAGGAGGUGCCUGAAAAAAAGAGGGAGAAACCCAAAUCCCUCAGGACCACAGCUCCCAGUCACGCCAAGUUCCGCUCCACUGGGUUGGAAAUGGAGACGCCCUCGUUGGUGCCCGUGAAGAAGGUGAACUCGGCCUCCAGUGCAGACAAAUACAACCUGAAGCCUGUGCCCAUCAAGAGGCAGAAUGUCACCUCCCUCCCUGGGGACGCCCCCCCAGCUGAGAAGAAAUACAAGCCCCUCAACACGGCCCCCAACGCCACCAAGGAGAUCAAAGUCAAGAUCAUCCCCCCCCAGCCCAUGGAAGGCCUUGGCUUCCUCGACGCCCUCAACUCCGCUCCCGUUCCCGGCAUCAAAAUCAAGAAGAAGAAGAAGGUUUUAUCCCCCACGGCUGCCAAGCCCAGUCCCUUCGAGGGGAAGGCUCCUCCUGAAGCUGCUUCCACCAAACCUUCUUCCCCUGAGCCCAACGCGGCGACGGAACCGAUGGAGACGGAUCGGCCGGGAACGCCGGUCCCGGCCGUGGAGGUCCCAGAACCCAUGGAAACCUGCUCUUCAGAGGGAAAUGGUGAUUCCAAAAACAUGGAAAACCCCCCAGAAAGUGGCCAAAUGACCAAAAAAGGCCGGAAAAAGAAGACAGUGAGUUGGCCAGAAGAAGCCAAACUCCGGGAAUAUUUCUACUUUGAGCUGGAUGAGACAGAACGAGUCAAUGUCAACAAGAUCAAGGACUUUGGGGAAGCAGCCAAACGGGAGCUGCGCUUGGACAGAGAGGCCUUUGACAAGGCCCGACGUCUCAGCCACGACACCAUGGAGGAGAAAGUCCCCUGGGUCUACCCCAAACUUCUGGAUCUCCCUGCUCCUCUGGUGGUGCCGGGAAGCGGGAGCAGGGAACGUUUCACCCAGGCUGACAGGGAGAAGGGGAUCCUGCAGGAGCUCUUCUUGUCCAAGGAGAG